AACCAGACACUGAAGACGAAGAACCAUCUGAUGACGGUAAAGAACAGGAGGCUGAUGAAAAACAGGAACCAGAUGAGAAAGAACCAGACCCUGGAGAAGGACAUCAACCAAAUGAGAAUAAAGAAGAGAAUGAAGGAGGACAACAACCAGAUGAGAAAAAAGAUCCAGACACUGAAGGACAACAACCAGAUGACAAUAAAGAACUGGAUUCUGAAGAAGGACAAGAACCAGAGGAGAAUAAAGAACCAGACUCUGAAGAAGGAAAAGAACAAGAUGAGAAUAAAGAACUGGGUGGUGAAGCACAAGACACAGAUGAGAAUAAAGAACCAGACGGUGAAGCACAACAACCAGAUGAGAAUAAAGAACCAGACUCUGAAGAAGGACAUGAACAAGUUGAGAAUAAAGAACCAGAUGGUGAAGCACAAGAUACAGAUGAGAAUAAAGAACCAGACACAGAAGACUCUGGCAAGUCAAGACAAGAUGAGAAUAAAGAACCAGACGGUGAAGCACAAGAAAAAGAUGAGAAUAAAGAACCAGAUGCUGAAGAAGGACAAGAACCAGAUGAGAAUAAAGAACCGGACUCUGAAGAAGGACAAGAACCAGAUGAGAAUAAAGAACUGGACUCUGAAGAAGGACAAGAACCAGUUGAGAAUAAAGAACCGUACGGUGAAACACAAGAACCAGAUGAGAAUAAAGAACCGGAACCUGGAGUAGGACAAGAACCAGAUGAGAAUAUAGAACU